UCUGUUGAUGGUAAUUUUAAGUAGUUGGAUAAAAUAUUAAAUACACAAGUUCUAUUUUGGGGGUUUAUGGACAUAAUGAAUAGUAUGUUGCAAACAUUUAAUGGAUUUUAUAACGAGAAUCGACAAGAUUAAAAAUCUAUCUUUUGAACAAUAAACAAAUUAUUGAAUUAUUAUUAAUAUUGUUAUUUGUUUGAAAAUAGUAUACUCCUAGUAAACAAAUUUAGUGAGUGAUUGAAUAAGUAGCUGGAAAGGAGCAGGACUAGUGGAUGAGCGCUUUCUGAGGACUGUCGGCAAUCAGCUUCACCAUUUUCUUUCAUCAACACAUGGCAUGCUUUAGUGCCACAGACCACUUGAUUUCACAUUGAUUUUGAGUUUGAUUUGAUUUACCCCCUUCAAAUUUUAAUAACUAACUAGUAGUAGUAGUAUUUAAAGUCUAUUUUAACUAGAGUUAUACAGUAUAUAUUAAUUUUAUAAUAUAAUAUUAGUAUAAUAAUUUAAUAGAGUUUAAAAUUCACUUAUUCAAAAUAGAAAAACUACGAGACAUUUGGACUUUCUUAGAUGAUAAAAUGAGAUAUUAUUUUGUAGCUCCGUUCCAUGUUAAUAGAGUCAUUUUUCUAUUUCCGUAAGUUCCAAGUUAAUUGAGUCAUUUCUAUUUUUUGGCAAAAAGUAAUAUUCCCUUUUACUUUAUUCUCUCUUCAUCUCUCUUAUUUUAUUCUAUCUUACUUUUUCACCAUCCAUUUAACAUACUAUUCUUAAACUCCGUGCAAAAAAGAAUGCCAAGGAUAGGAGGGAGUAGUAUGAAUUUUGAAGAUUGCCUUAUCUUCAUGUAUUUUUAUGAUUUUGUCAUGAUCUAGUCCAAUAGAGGAUCUCUAGUACCUAGCCUAUGACUUUAUCCAGGAAGAAAAAGCCUUGACGAGCCACUAGUGCAAGAAUUACUGUGUAGCCCACUUCCACUAUGAUUGGUGGCUGCCAUGAUUAUAGGCUUUUGUACAACAGAAGAGCUGACGAGGGCCUUGCUGGAGGCAAGUGGUAGCGAGAAUGGUGGUGGAAUUAUUACAGUUGAGGGUUCAAAUUCUGACCCAGUUUCAUUCAAGGAUCUUGUAAAGGAUAUGACUAUAAACAGACAGGACAUAAAAGCCUUCGCUUUCAAGACCAAGGCCAUGAUUGCAAAGAUGGAACACAUUGUAAAAACUGCUCAGUGGCACGAAUCUAUGUACUGGCAUUUAGCUGCUCGUGGUGUACCCAAGAGCCUCCACUGCCUGUCACUUGAAAUGGCCGAGGAAUAUGCUGUGAAUGCUGCAGCACGCUCUCGAAUACCUUUGCCUCAAUACAUUCACCGCCUCACAGACACUUCUUUUCAUCAUGUUGUUCUUUUAACUGACAACAUCCUUGCUGCCUGUGUGGUUAUCUCCUCCACUCUCAACACAUCAAGGAAUCCCGAAAAAUUGGUCUUCCAUGUGGUGACUGAUAAGAAGACAUACACUUCAAUGCAUGCAUGGUUUUCAGUAAACUCAAUUGGCUCUGCAGUUGUUGAAGUCAAGGGCUUGCAUGAAUAUGAUUGGCCUCAUGAGGUGAAUGUAGCUGUUAAGGAGAUGCUAGAAAUUCAUCAUCAGAUCUGGAAUCACAAUUACCGAAGUCUGAAGACAGAGGAUCUUGAAUAUGGGAAUGGAAAUUACCACAAGCUAGAUGUCCUAAGUCCCAGCUCUGUCUCCCUCUUGAAUCACCUCCGUGUCUAUCUACCCGAGCUGUUUCCAGAUCUGAACAAAGUUGUGUUCCUGGAUGAUGAUGUCGUAGUACAACAUGACUUAUCACCCCUGUGGGACUUAGAUCUCAACCUGAAAGUUGUGGCUGCAGUUGUUGAUUCAUGGUGUGGAACUGACUGCUGUCCUGGACGAAAGUACAAGGAUUAUUUCAACUUCACGAAUCCAAUCAUAUCGUCCAUUUUAGACGAAAAUCGCUGUGUAUGGCUUUGUGGGGUAAAUGUUUUUGAUCUGCAAAGAUGGAGGAAGAGCAAUAUCACUGCAGUGUAUCAUCAGUGGCUUAAACUUAGCCUCAAUUCUGGUUUCGAACUAUGGCAUCCGGGAGCACUUCCACCGGCCUUACUUGCAUUCGAAAAUCACGUCCAAGCCAUUGAUCAGUCGUGGCACAUAGCCGGUCUAGGGUACCGGUAUCCACUAGUAGACAAGCAGAUCCUGGAAACUGCAGCCAUCGUGCAUUUUAGUGGGCCGGCAAAGCCAUGGCUCGAAAUUGGGUCACCAGAGGUAAGGCAUCUGUGGACCAGGCACAUAAAUUCAUCGAAUCAUCAUAUUAGAAAAUGUGGAAUAGCGAGUUGAGAGGAUGUUUUAUACACAUAUGUAUGUAUCAAUAUAUCUAUAUCUCGAUAUUUGUUUCGGUUUAAACGCUGGAGGAGUUGGUCGAGGCAGAGGGAAGAAGGUCGAGCCUUCAGUCUCUUCUCAGAUACUGCCCCUCUGUGGAUAAUAGCACAUAUAUAUAUAUAUAUAGAAGAAGCAAGCUGAGAUAUCUAUAUAUAUAUGUGUGUGUAUAGCGAGAUAUCUAACCUACAAAACCAGUGUAAGGGUGAAGAAGAUUUUAAUGUAACUGUAUAUUAAUUUGUAGCUUCAUCUAUAUAUGUAUAAUAUCAAUAUGGUUCUCUA